AUGGGUGCCAUCAUGGUCUACGGUUUCUACAAGCUCGGUCAGGGUAUCCGGGAGCAAAAUGAACUUGCACGCGAAAAGAUGUGGUCGCGCAUCCACCUGAUUCCCCUCCUCCAAGCAGAAGAAGAUCGCGACCUGGUGCGAAGGCAUCUGGCCGACCAGGCGAGAGAGAAGGAACUGCUGGGCGAGAACUUCAAGGUCUACAACACGGAUCGCUACGUGAGACCGACGUAUGCUGUCACACCCACGACCACGACGAAAUAA